AGUUUCACCGAGGGAGAUGCGAGGGUUAAAGGGAUUAAAGGAAUAUCGAUGUGUUUAAAACCAGCAGUAUUGUUCCCGAACAGGAAAUACAUUCUUGUAUGAAAGUAAAAAAUCUUCCUUUUCCUUUCACCAGCAAGAGAGGGCGGUCCCGGUUCCCCCAGCCGGAAGUUGCCAAAAAAAAAGCUAGUGCAAGAUCUGCAUUCCCUUCGGUUUAAAGGCGGAUUCCUUCUUAUUCAUGAAUGCGGAGUGCAACCUCCUUUUUUACGCCGCUAUUCCACCGCGGACACUCUCCCCUGAAGAAAAUUCUUUGAUUUUUCACUUUCCCCCAACCUUUUCACAACAAGAGGGUGUCUGUCUUCUUUCUCUGAACUAACGGGGGUCUGCAAUUGUCAUAUAUUUAUUUUAAAGCGUAAUAUGAGAAUUUUACGCAUCCCGAACCGCUCAGUGUUUGCUUUGUUAUUUCUCUUCUGCUUGUCAUCUUCAUUCCUGUACUUCAUCUAUGUAGCGCCUGGAUUGGUAAACACAUAUCUAUUUAUGAUGCAAGCCCAAGGCAUCAUGAUCAGAGAGAGUGUGAAAACAAUGGGAUCUCAAAUGUAUGAGCAGGUGGUUCGCAGCACCUAUGCCAAGAUGAACAGCAGCCUUAAUGGUACAGAUUAUCCAGAUGAUUUAAAUGAUAGUGAAACUUAUCUACAAACCACAACAUUUCUUCCUGAAGAUUUUACAUACCAAGCAAACCUCAUGUGUCCUGAAAGACUUCCUUCUAUGAAGGGUCCAAUUAAUGUAAACAUGACUGAAAUUUCAUUGGAGGAAAUCCAGGAAUUAUUUGCUAAGGAUCCCUAUAUCCAGAUUGGUGGUCACUGGAAACCAAGAGAUUGCAUACCUCGUUGGAAGGUGGCAAUUUUGAUCCCAUUCCGCAAUCGUCACGAGCAUCUCCCAAUCCUGUUGAAACACCUCAUUCCAAUGCUACAACGCCAACGUUUGGAGUUUGCGUUUUAUGUUAUUGAACAGGCUGGUUUCCACCCAUUUAACCGUGCAAUGCUGUUCAAUGUUGGAUUUAUGGAGGCUUUGAAAGACAUGGACUGGGAUUGUGUAAUCUUUCACGAUGUUGAUCAUAUCCCUGAAAAUGAUCGCAACUACUACGGUUGUGGACAGAUGCCAAGACAUUUUGCAGCUAAGCUGGAUAAAUACAUGUACUUGCUUCCUUAUGAUGAAUUUUUUGGCGGAGUGAGUGGAUUAACAGUGGAACAGUUUAGGAAAAUCAAUGGUUUCCCAAAUGCAUUUUGGGGUUGGGGAGGUGAAGAUGAUGAUCUCUGGAAAAGGGUUCAGUUUGCUGGACUUACAGUAACAAGACCAGGGGGUGAUUUAGGAAAAUACAAAUCAGUUCCUCAUCACCAUCGAGGGGAAGUGCAGUUCUUGGGAAGAUAUGCUUUAUUGAGACAUUCUAAAGAAAGGCAAAAACUUGAUGGCCUGCAAAACUUGAAGUACUUUCCAAAUAUUACAGUUGAAGCCUUGUUUAAAAAUAUAACUGUAAACUUGACACCGGAGCUGGCUCCAGUGAGACGCUAUUAAUCUAAAAUGGGCACAAUAGUUUAGUGAGGGUUAGGGUUGCUUGCUCAGAAAAAUUGAUGGACUUGUAAACCUGGUUUAAAAAAAAAUCUACAGUGAGACAACACAGAAGUUCCUUUACGUAGUCAUGAGGAAUUGGCUGGCAGUUGAUUUGAUUAUUUGACACCAGAUUGAAUAUUGAUCAGUGACUAUGCAGCAGUGCUGGUGAAUAUGAGAAAACCAGGCCUGAAAAAAUCAUUGUAUGGAGAACUUCUUCAAUGUGACCUCUUCCCGCUUUUCCAAUUGGAUAAUAGUACAUCAUCAGUCAAGAAGGAAACACAAACUGAAGAAUCCACUGAACAGUAUCUGGGCAAAGAAUCAACCUGAAUUCCAAGACUGCAGAGCUACUUGGAAACUGUUAAACCAUAUUUUGAUUUAGGAUGCCAAGAAGAAUGAAGUGAACGGUUUCCUUUCCAAUCACCUUGUGAUCAAAUAUUAAAUUGAAAGCAUACAAUUACCUUGUUUUUAUUCACUAGCAAUUGUUAAUGCACUUCUAGUGGAUGAUGCUUUUGUUUUGUAAAUAAGCUGUGAAUUGCCAGAUAUUUUUUUAUUUAUAGUCUACUGAAUCACAAGGUUUACAUGUUCAGGUCAACAAUAUAAGUCUGACACUGUUGUAUGUGUAUGGCACAGAACACACUGAAUAUAAUCCCCUUAAUUUUAAAUGUGAGGUGAAUAGAUUCAUAUGUGUUCCUGAAUAUUUAACUUAAUGGGUGUUCUAUUUCAGUCCUCUUUACUGCUACACUCUCAUGCUGCUGAAAUUCAUGGAUUGUUCCUAGAAAAUUUGGCAUCCUUAUACAUGCCUUCAUUAAAGCAACAAACUGCAGUUGUUUGACUUAACUCAAAUAUAAACAAUUAUAAUGAAUAAUCAGCAUUUUAAAAAGUAAAUUUGUGCCAAUUAUACUGUGACAUUUUAAUUAACAAAGUAUAGUAGAAAUGUAGGAAGCAAUUUUCCAUUAUUAUGAAUUUGGUUUAUGGCAACUUCCAGAAACUUUGAAACUGCUGAGUUUGUGUUUCUUUAAUGUUCUGAAAUUGAGGAAUCCAACUAACGUUUUUUUAGUCCAAGCACUUAGCUAAUACUUUAAGCUUAUCUGCCUGAAUUGGUGAGUUCCUUUGCUCCUAUGCCAAUCAUAUUUGUGAACAUUUGUAAAAGGUCAACUUAUUGACUAGGUGCUAAUGCCCAUUGUUUGAAUAAAAAUGGUUUCUAGUAUUAGAUGUUGUCACUGCACAUGAUAACAAUAGGACAAGAAGCUAAACACUAGCUUCUGCAGGGUUUUUGACUAGGACUAAUUCGAUACAUGAUGAGGCUGCCUGUAUAACUUUAACACAACUGUUGUAGGUCUAGUGUUCUAUGUGCCAGGAGGAGAUGGGGAAAAGAAAAAAAUUAUAGCAAAAGAAGUGGAGAUAUAUGUAUAUAUGUAUGUAUAUUUUUUUGUAUCAAUCUUUGGUUUACACCUUUUGAGUCUAUGGUCCCAUCCACCAAUGAAUGGUGAUGUCAUGAUACAAGCUCUGCUGUUUGCAAUGAGGAACAGCCCAAGUGUAUAGAGAUGAAAGCUUUUGUUGCAAGGUCAUGAUCAGUCAAUAUGAGAGGACAUCUGGGGAUGAAAUUUGCCCUUUUUUUGCCACGCUGCUAGUAGAACACAAAAUAAAAUUCCUAUUUUGGACUCUGCUGAUCCUAUUUUGGACUCUGCUGAUCCUAUUUUUGUUUAAAAAACGGUUGAAGGCAAAGAAUUUCAUUCUCCUAGACAUAUUUGUCCUUGAAAGGCUGUUAGCCUUAUUUAGUUUUUGUUAGUAUUUUAAAGCUGGUGUUUUACAAAAAAGUAUUGCAUAUAUUAUCCAGAAUACUGUGUAUGAUGCGGUCAGAGUGUAUAGCAAUAAAGAGAAUGCUAAUUUGUUUCAUUUUCAGCUGUCAGUGGUAGUGGUUUAAAAUGGUAACUUGUUGUUGCUAUUUCUGAAACUGGUAUUGCUUUAAUACAGAAAUAAACAUGUAAUUGUAUUUGUUUUGAUUAUAGCUA